UUUUUGAAACUCUUCUUGUUUUAUUGCACAACUCUAGCAAUCAUGUGUACGGGAAAGUGCUCCAAGUUCAUCGCCAUCUCUCUCUAUGUGUUGGCGGCUGUGUCCGUCAUCUGCAACAUCAUACUCUUCUUCCCGGACUUUGAAACCAAGUAUGCAGCUGCGGACAGGGAUGGAAAACCCCGGAUCACAGAGGAGGUUAAAUAUAUGGGAGGUCUCGUUGGCGGAGGAAUCAUGGUCCUUGUUCCUGCCAUCCACAUCCAUCUGACCAGCGCUAAAGGCUGCUGCGCCAACCGCUGUGGGAUGUUCCUGUCCAUUGGCUUUGCAGCAGCUGGUGUGGUGGGGGCGCUGUACAGCCUGAGCACAGCUGCCCUGGGCCUGGCCAAUGGGCCCACGUGCUAUUGGAGAAACUGGCAGAACCCUCUCCCAGACUGGGGGACACCUUUCCGGAACAGCAAUGGGAGCUACCUGAGUGACAGAGACAUGUGGAAAUGGUGUAAAGAGCCAGAGAACGUGGUGGAGUUCAACGUGGCUCUCUUCUCCACUCUGCUGGUGGCUGCCAGCGUGGAGCUCAUCCUCUGCCUCAUCCAAAUGGUCAACGGGCUCUUUGGAUGCCUCUGUGGUACCUGCGCUGGCAAAGAGGUGAGGCCACAGCUGCUUAACGCCACCUUCAGAAUCAGCAGACUGGAGUAA